GUUUAGUUAACUGUUUCCUGAUUAAUCUUUACCUGAGAGCAUUUUUUUUUUAUGUAUAGUUUUAAUAUAUAACGAAAUGUUCUGUAAAGUCACGUUCACGAACCAGAAUUUCAUAAGAACACAAGAAAUAAGGGAAGCUGCAAGAAGCCACCAGGCCUACACGUGGCAGUCCCUGCAUGAAAUAUACCUACCUAUUUCCACUAUCAUCCCUAUUCGUAAAUAUAUCCGAUCUUCUCUUAAAGCUCCCUAAUGACUCAGCACUAACAAUUUGAUUAUUGAGUCCGUUCCGUUCAUCUUCCACUUUGUCUGAGAACCAAUUCCUUCCUAUCUCUUUUUUGAACCUAAAUUUUUCAACCUAACUAUUUCUUCAGGCGAGAAAUGAAUCCUCUUACAUAAAGAAAACGGGAAAAAUCUGCAUGAAUCUGCCUUUCGCUGCACCAGAUAACCAACACUUCCUCACUGAAUCUCUCGCUGCACUAGAUAACCAACACUUUCUCACAGGGGCAGCAUGGGCGUGCAGAAGCUCCUCACGAAGGCCUUCAUAUGGGUGUUGGUUCGCGUGGCGGCAAUCAUCUUCUUGAAGGACGCUGGGAAACACGACUACGACAUCUAUCCCUCCACCGUCCUGAGCGAGUAUGACUUUAUAGUGGUGGGAUCUGGGUCAGCGGGCGGGGUAGUGGCGGCGCGGUUGGCGGAGACGGGAUGGCAGGUGCUGCUGUUGGAGGCUGGAGACACCCCGCCCUACCCCAGCACGGUGCCAGGGCUCGCUCCCAUCCUGCUCGGCUACACUGAUGCUGACUGGAGCUACGAGACUGUUCCUCAGAGACAUGGACUUGAUGCCUUUGACGAAAACUCCCUCAAGAUCUCCGCCGGGCGUGCCCUGGGCGGCACCUCCACCAUCAACUGGCUCUUGCACGUGCGAGGCAACAGGCGGGACUUCGACAACUGGGAGGCGUUAGGCAAUCCAGGGUGGGGUUACAGUGACGUCCUGGAGUACUUCAAGAAAGCCGAGGACUACAGAGGUGUCCGUCACGUCCAUUCACCUUACAGAGGCAGGGGAGGACCGGUGGCUGUGGAGGACAUACAAACACUGUCCCUGGUGGCUGGAGGCAUUCUAAGGGCCGGUCAUGACCUUGGCUACAACGUGACUGACCCCAACAGUGAAGAGCAGAUUGGGUUUAGUGUGCCGGAUAUCACCACGAGGGAUGGACGCCGCUCCUCCACCGCCGAGGCAUACAUCCGGCCCGCUGCUGAGGCGUACCCAGGUCUGCAUGUGCUCACCAACGCGCUGGCGACUAAGGUGUUGCUUGACGAUGAGAAGAACGUGCUUGGUGUUAUCUACGACCACGGCGGCUCGCUGUACAUGGUCGGCGUGCGGCAUGAGGUGGUCUUGUCCGCGGGAGCUAUCGGGUCACCUAAACUCCUCAUGUUGUCUGGCAUUGGCCCCGCUCACCACCUGCACUACCACAGAAUACCCACAUUGGUUCACCUGCCUGGAGUGGGCGCCAACCUGCAUGACCACGUGACGGUGUCUGGCCUCACCUGGACUACGCGGCCCGGCACCUCUGUCUCCUUCUCCUCGCUGCUCAGCCUGAAGACCAUCAAGGAUUACCUUAUCAAGAAGCGAGGUCCCCUCGCCACCGCAUUUGGAGUGGAAGUGUGCGCGUGGACAGAGUCAGAAGGAGAUGAGCCGCAGUGGCCUGACCUGCAGCACACCUUCUCCUCCUUGACCCUCGCCUUGGACCACGGCUGGGAGAUGGCGCACGUGGCGGGUUACAAGAAAGAGGUGUUCGAGCCGUACUUCUCAGAGCUCAUGGGUCUAGAGGGCUACACCGCCUACCCCGAGGUGCUGCGGCCCAGGAGUCGCGGCACAGUGCGGCUCAGCUCAGGCCACUACCAAUCCCCGCCGCUCGUUGACCCCAACUACCUGAGUCACCCCGAUGACCUGCGCUUAUUGAUUAAAGGCAUCAAGUUUGUGCUGGCGGUUGGCAACACUACGAUCAUGAGAGAAAACUUUGAUGCCGUCUUCAAUACUCAGGUCCUGCCGGGGUGUGAGCAGGAGCCCCUGUUCUCAGACGCCUACUGGGCCUGUUACGUGAAGCACAUGGCCACGACAAGCUACCACCUCGCCGGCUCCUGCAAGAUGGGUCCAGACGAUGAUCCUUUCGCAGUAGUGGAUCAUAGACUCAGGGUGCGUGGGGUGUCCGGGCUGCGGUUGGCAGACGCUUCCAUUAUGCCGCUGGUCACCUCGGGCAACACCAACGCGCCCACUAUCAUGAUUGGCGAGAAGGCGGCGGACAUGAUCAAGGAGGACUGGCUCGGGGUUCCUCAGGGUCACCCCGACCCAAGAAGUGGACCGCUUCUGAAUACGAGUCUUGGAAGCGUCAGUCUCGUGAUGAUCUACCGCCUGAGUCGCUUCAUCCCAGGGCUGCUGGUGCGGCUGCUGGUGGCUGUGGGUCUGCGGGGCUCCAACGAUCACAACUAUGACGCCUCGGACAAGCUGCUGUACCAGUAUGACUUUAUUGUGGUGGGCGGGGGCACUGCUGGCGGGGCUGUGGCGGCGAGGCUGGCGGAGGUGGAGGGCUGGCGGGUGCUGCUGCUGGAGGCUGGAGGACCGCCGCCCCCCGAGAGUGUGGUGCCGGGCCUCAACGUGGUGCUGAUGCAAAGUGACGCAGACUGGAACUAUUUCACGGUGCCCCAGAAACACUCCCUCAGAGGUUACGUAGGCAGGUCAUGCCACUUCCCCACUGGCCGCGCCCUGGGAGGCUCGUCAACUAUUAACUGGAUGAUGUACGUACGAGGCAACAGGCGGGACUUCGAUAAGUGGGAGGCGAUGGGCAAUCCCGGGUGGAGCUUCGACAACGUGCUCAAGUACUUCAAGAAAUCCGAGGACUACCGAGGUGUUCGCCGCCCAGAGACAGCGUUUUACCGCGGCGUCGGGGGUCCUGCCAGCGUGGAAAACAAGCGCUGGGGAACUCCGCUCAUGCACGCCAUCCUGAAGGCGGGCAACCAGCUCGGGUAUGAUGUUAUCGACCCAAACGGACCCGAACAAAUAGGAUUCUCCAUUCCUGACAUGACAACAAAGAAUGGGCGGCGGGGAACCUCAGCUGACUCCUACAUCCGACCUGCAGUCAUCCGCCGCCCCAACCUGCACGUGGUGAUGAACGCCUUCGUCACGCAGAUCCUUUUUGAUGACCGGAAGCGCGCCAUUGGAGUAAGAUUUGAGCAAUACGGGAAGGUACGCACGGUGAUGGCGCAGCGCGAAGUUGUGGUGUCGGCGGGCGCUGUGGGGUCCCCGAAGCUGCUCAUGCUCUCCGGUGUGGGGCCUGAGGAACACCUGCGGCGCCACAAGAUCCCCGUCGUAGUGAACCUGCCUGGCGUGGGGGAGAACUUCCAAGACCACCCCUCCAUCUUCGGCCUCACCUGGACCGUGAAGAAGGGAUCUGACUCAGUGUUUCGUGUCGUCCGUCCCCAGGCGAUCGAGGAGUAUUCGAGACACGGCACAGGGCCGCUGAGUUGUCCCCUGGGCGUGGAGGUGAACGCGUGGGCCAUGUCAGAGGAAGGGGACCCGUACUGGCCUGAGCUGCAGUUCCUCUUUGUCUCCGGCACUCCUGCUUUUGACUACGGCUUGUUUGUCACGGACGGCAUUGGCUACACGAGAGAGCUGUUCAACAAGUACUACAAGUCCCUGAUUGGCCUCGAGGGGUUCACGGUGGGGCCAAUGUUGACUCGCCCUAAGAGUCGCGGCACUGUCAGGUUAAGGUCCCGUGACCCCAAAGACUCGCCCCUUGUCGACCCCAACUACCUCAGCCACCCCGAUGAUGUGGCCACGCUUGUUCGGGGCAUCAAGUUCGCUCUUACAGUCGGCAACGCACCAGCACUUCGGGAGGAGCUUGGUGCCAGAUUUCACAGUCAGCCUCUGCCGGGAUGUGAACGGGAGAUUCCUGGCUCAGACCCGUACUGGGCGUGCUACGUGCGCCACAUGGCCAAGACCACGUGGCAUCCAGUGGGCUCCUGCAAGAUGGCGCCGCCCUCAGACCCUCUCGGCGUGGUUGAUCACACUCUCAAGGUGCGCGGGGUGUCCGGGCUGCGGGUGGUGGACGGCUCCAUCAUGCCAGUCAUCACCAGCGGGAACACCAACGCUCCCUGCUACAUGAUCGGCGAGAAGGGCGCUGACCUGAUUAAGGAGGAUUGGGGUGUCUUGCCAGGGUAGACGACACGCAAAGGCGGCCUCUUGCUGCCUUGUGAUGAGUCCCCAGGGCGUCCCUCAUUGCCCAGGCGGUCUUGCUGGCACCAGGACGGCCUCAUUAUCUCAUAGCUAGUGCGGGCAUGCCUAAGAGUGCCUUGCCUUGCCUUGCCUUGCCUUGCCUUGUCUUGUCUUGCCUUGCUUUGCUUUGACUAGGCCUCUCAUUGCCUCCAGAGCUCCUGCCAGCGAACCGUCCUGGGACCAUAUUCUGAAA